AUGUCGAUACCCCUCUCCUCACCAAACAACGUACAAUCACGAUCCCCUCAGCUCAUCCGGCACCUUUCCCUCCCGAACCCAAAUAUUCAUCCCGACCUUCUCCCCCCGCACUACCGGCAAACCAGCGUGCAAAACCCGUUCAUCCCCCCUCCCAGAAACCAUGUUCUCCCAAAAGACCGCGUUGCCCUCCACCGGCCUAAACGUCACGCCCUUCUCAUACUCCUCAUCGCAAUCUACAAAUUUACACCACUCGCCGCUCUUGGCAGCCAGGAAUGGGAAAUUCGUUCCGCCACCAACCACACCCUUCGCCUUGAUGUAUCCAAAGAUGGAGGAGGCCCUGUUGCCGCCCAGCGAAGCAACUGCAUGCCGGGCGUCCGUGAACCAAUCCGUGUGGAAGUGAUAUCGCUCCGUCGGCGCGUAUUUCACAAGCUGGAUGGGUUCCAUGUUGGAGACUGGCAUGUCGAGGCCUUGGAGGUCAAGCGCGCGGCGUUCGAUACAACGGACAGUCGGGGAGCGGUGGACAGAUGUCGAUUGAGAGGUGCGGACGGCGUGGAUGGUCUGCGAGGAAUCGCUGGUUACGUACGAGUGUUUGAAGGUGCCGUUGCUGUUGGCGUCAGUAUGUCGCGUCAUGAUGGGGGAUAUAACGAGAUGGUGUUGCAGAAGGAGCAAACCCGUACGCCAACUCUAAAAGAUGUCUCCGUUCUUCGGGCGUAA